AUGCCAACCUCCUUUCUCAGCCUCUCGGCGGAGCUCCGCAUUACCAUCUACGACAUGGCCAUCGGCAAAGUCACCGAAACGUGGAUGAACACUCAAGGCGAACAUAUACGUGGACCUGCCAUCCUCGCCGCCACACGGGACAAUCCGCUCGGAGACCCUACCGAUGCUGCGUCAGGGCAACAGCACUAUCACGUGCACAACUUCGACUUCGCCUAUAUGCUGCCGAUCUUUGAUAGUGCUCGUCAACAGGAGUACCUGGCUCCCAAAGCGCUCAAGGUGAAAAUCCAUCUCAGCGUCGACCCGGACUUCGACAUGGCGAGCGCGCGGGUUACGAUCGAGCCGUGGCUACGUCUUUGCGGCACGCACAUCGAUGUCGACGCCUAUAGCAGUCGCUCAUCUUACAGAAAUCGUUGCGUCUACUUGGUCAAGCAGUACGGCAAGCCACCGCGACUCCCGAAAGAGCUGAGCGAGGCUUUUGGCAAGAAGAGUGCGCUUGAAGGUGGGGAUCAGGGGUCGGCGAUGUUGAGUGCAGUUCAGCAUUGCCACUGGGCCGAAAUCUUGAGGGCUUGGCUCGUAGGUUGCAGCUGGUAUUGUAGGAGGCUGGAGGAGCAGGACGGGGGAAAGAAGGGGAAGGUACUGUUCACCUUGAAGUAG